CCCCAAGGUCACCUGGCCAGGGUCAAAGCCCAUUCUAGACACCCCUCCACCAGUUCAAGGCGUAGUCUUUGGAGUUCUCACAGUGGUGGGGAGGAUUCAAGGCAACGUGCCACCGCUCCCCAUUCCCUUCCCCCACCACCCUCAGCGCUGCGUGUGUGGGUAACCAUGACAACCGAAGGUCCCGACACCAGCAGAUAUUCCUCCGCAUUCCUAAGUCUUGGAGGUGGCGUCCCCUUCCCUGCCUGCUGAAGCCCCCAUGGAUACAGUGCUCGGUUCCGCAGCAUCUGAACCAGGCCCAUUCUACUGACUCAGCGGUGAGAUGAGAAAAAAAGAAGUGCUUAUUUUGAAAGCGCGUUGAUGUCUUUUUGACCCUUCGGCAGCUCCGUCCAGUAACUGUGGCGAUGGGCCGCUGAAGGCACGUGAUUACACUACCCGGUAGAGGGGUGGAUCACGUGAUGCGACGAUCUGUGAGCGGCCUGCACUGAGAUCUGCUUCUCGAACCCGAGAUGGAGGCGACCCUGGAGCAGCACCUAGAAGACACGAUGAAGAACCCGUCAAUCGUGGGUGUUCUGUGCACGGAUUCUCAGGGACUGAACCUGGGCUGUCGUGGAACCCUGUCUGAUGAACAUGCUGGGGUGAUCUCUGUCCUAGCCCAGCAAGCAGCUAAACUAACCUCCGACCCAACAGAUAUCCCUAUGGUCUGCCUAGAAUCAGACAAUGGGAAUAUAAUGAUCCAGAAACGUGAUGGCAUCACAGUGGCAGUACACAAAAUGGCAUCUUGACCUCUCAGAUCUAUUCUCCAAACAAGUGUAGAACUCAGACCAAUCUUUCCAUCUCAUUUUGCUAUAUUGCUACAUGAUGUAGUGCCAGUACUUGGGCCAUCCAUUAAAUAUAAUACCUGCUUCUUUUUCUGUUUAUUACUUUUAAAUUGUCUUUGUAAGCACUUAGUGAAAGGGUAAUGUCUUAAGGUGUUUGUCAAAACUAAGUUGAUGUAUCUCUAGACUUUGGUUAUGGUCAGUAAAAUAUAGCUUAAGAAGCAUUGAGCUUUUCCUAGGUUGCACAAAAUGUUUGUAUCAUACAGCCUGAAGGAUAUAGGAUCAACAUUUUCUAUUUUCUAAAAGGCCUAUUAUUGGGACAGCUGAGUAGCACAGUGAAUAAAAGAACUGCAGGCCUGGAGUCAAGACAACCUAGGUUCAAAUCUGGCUUCAGAUACCUCCUAGCUAUGUGACCUUGGGCAAAUAAUUUAGCCCUGACUGCCUAGCCCUUGCAGCAGCACUGUCUUAGAAUUGAUAAGACAAAGAAUAAGGGUUUAAAAAUAUUUAGUUAAAAAAAAUAAGGCCUAUGCUUCCAACUACUUAUCUUUCCAAAGUUUUCCUAAAGCCCAUUUCUUAUCCAUAAGAGUGGUGUUGUGAUAGCUAAUUAACCUUAAUUUCACUGGCAGAGGAUACUACAUUUUAAAAAUUGGGAACAGGCUGGAUAAGAGUAUUUUUGUAUUAAGUUUUCUCUGUUAAAUUUAAUUUCUGUGAGUAAGAAAUGUACCCUCUAUAAGCUAACGGUACUUAAUGCAUAACCAUGUAUAAGCAGGCAAGAAGAUGUCUGAUCUUGUUAAAAUGAAGGACCAGAGCAACUACCACCACUACUAGGAAGAAAUAUUUCUCUGAUAUACUUUAAUGCAAUAAAUAUUUAUUGAAUGCC